AUGUUUAAAUCGUUAACAAUAAAAUCAAACAAGGUGAAGCCUAGAGAAGGGAACGAUGAGAAUAAACAAGGUCCUGAUCCAAGCAAUCAGCUUCAGCAAUCCACAAGACAGGGAGAAAACAAAAGUGAAAACAAACCUCUCCAAACCAAGAUGAUUCCUGUCACAUCUGAAGAGUCACACACCAAAAUACAAGAUAACAUCUCCGAGAAAAAUUCACUCAAAGAUUUGACCCCAAGCCCUGACCAUCAAAAUGCAACAGAAUCAAAGGGAGCAACGCCAGAGCAGAAAGAAAUGGAGACUGGGAAAGAAGUCUUAGUCAGGCAAGAAGACUUGUCAUUUAAAAAGAAAUUAGAAGUGCCUUUUCCUCCCCCUAAAUCCCCCUCCCUACUUCUUUCUGAACAUCUCCUACACUGUGUUAAACCAUGUGCUGCCAAUAGGAGUUACAGUGAUAAUCUAGGACACAGUUACACUUCAUUUUUUGAGUUUAAUCAUCACCUAGAGUCUAUAAUGGACAAAGCAUAUAUCUACAGAGUCAUUCGAACAACUGGAUACUUGCUGUUUACUCUGCACAUUAAUGCCUGUAUUUAUUACUGGGCUUCUGACUAUGAAGGAAUUGGAACUACUAAUUGGGUGUAUAAUGGUGAAGGAAAUAAGUAUCUGAGGUGUUAUUACUGGGCUGUUCGAACUUUAAUUACCAUCGGGGGCCUUCCAGAACCACAAACAUCAUUUGAAAUAGCUUUUCAACUGUUGAAUUUUUUUUCUGGAGUUUUUGUGUUCUCCAGCUUAAUUGGUCAGAUGCAAGAUGUAAUUGGGGCAGCUACAGCCAAUCAGAACUACUUCCGAAUCAGCAUGGAUCAGACUAUUUCCUACAUGAACACUUACUCCAUUCCUAAGACUGUGCAGAAUCGAGUUCGGACUUGGUACGAAUAUACAUGGGACUCUCAAAGAAUGCUAGAUGAAUCUGAUCUGCUCUGCACCCUGCCUCUCACCAUGCAGUUAGCCCUCACCGUGGAUGUGAACCUCAGCAUCAUCAGCAAAGUCGAGUUGUUCAAGGGCUGUGAUACACAGAUGAUUUAUGACAUGUUGCUAAGAUUGAAAUCCAUUGUUUAUUUACCUGGUGACUUUGUCUGCAAAAAGGGAGAAAUUGGCAAGGAAAUGUAUAUCAUCAAGCAAGGUGAAGUCCAAGUUCUUGGAGGCUCUGAUGGUACUCAGGUUCUGGUUACUUUGAAAGCUGGAGCGGUGUUUGGAGAAAUCAGCCUCCUAGCGGCAAGAGGAGGAAAUCGUCGAACUGCCAAUGUGAUAGCCCAUGGGUUCGCCAAUCUUUUAACUCUAGACAAAAAGACCCUCCAACAAAUUCUAGUGCAUUAUCCAGAUUCUGAAAAGCUCCUCAUGAAGAAAGCCAGUGUGCUUCUAAAGAAGAAGGCUCCAGGCACAGAGGCAACUCCUCCAAGAAAAGGACUUGCCUUUCUCUUCCCACCAAAACAAGAGACACCUAAAAUGUUUAAAGCUCUCCUGGGAGGUACAGGAAAAGCAGGACUUGCAAGACUACUCAAAUUGAAGAGAGAACAAACCAUUCAGAAAACAAGUGAAAAUUCUGAAGAAGGAGAGGGUAAAGGAGCAGAAUAUGAAAAUAAAGGAAGAGAGCCAUCAGAGAAAACACAGGACAGCUCCGAAUGCAGAGCAAAUUCUGUUACAGCAGAAGAACCCCAGCCGAUUACAAGCGGAGCUUUACCCGGAGGAACUACUCAUCAAUCCCUCAUCAUCAGCAUGGCUCCUUCUGCAGAGGCUGGGGAAGAGGUUCUGACGAUUGAAGUCAAAGAAAAGGCUAAGCAAUAAAUGUUUGAUUAUCUUUAGAUAUAAUCUAGCUAA